CGACCUGUGACACUCAUUCUUCUCUUCAUCUUCUUCUUUCAUUUCAUCAACCCACAAGCGUGUUUAAAUCUCAGUCCUCUCUUGGUCUAAUUUGAAGUCGCGCUCAUCCGAUUCAUUUUUCGAGGAUUUUUCCUGUGAUUUUUUCUCAUUCAAUUCCUUUUCAUCACUACAGUCUUUCGCAUCAUGGCGCGCACCAAGGAAGACGUCGCGUCCAAAGGCGAUUCAUCGCCAAAGAUUCCCAAGUCCUCAGCUGGCGUCACCAAGAGCACCGCCGAACCUCCCGUCAAGCGAGGUCGUGGACGACCCCCCAAGGGCGCUGCACCCAUGCCCAAGAAGGUUUACGUCCCUACUGGUCGUCCUCGCGGACGUCCUCCAGGUGGCGGCAAGAAGAAGGCUGCCCCCGCGCCCAAGAAGGUCGCGGCCGUGAACGAUGACGGUACUCCCAAGAGAGGACGUGGACGACCUCGCCGAGCUGCUGCUGCCGCUACCGAAGAUGAAGAGCCCGCUGCUACAACGCCCCAGGAACCCAAGAAGCGCGGCAGAGAGGCCAAGACUGCUAGCCCAGCUGAUGCUUCGGCCGACGAGGACAAGGAUGAUGAUGCUGCCGACAACGUCAGCGACAAGGAAGCUUCUGCUGCCGAUUCGUCUGAUAAGGACGAGGAGGAUGACGACGAAGAGUAAACAAAAAACAAGGCACUUAAGUCAAAGACUGCGUGACAACAACACCGGCAACGGGAUGGAAUGUAUUAUACUACUGAGGCAAAAGGGUCUGGGUUUGGUUUGGUAUUAGGUGCCUGGCAACAUAUGGAAUAGGGAUCUGACUGGCUGGUCGGUUUCGUGGAAUUAUUACUAUUGGGAUUUUUCAUUACGGGAGUUGUUGUAACAAUAUCGAAGCUAGGCACGGAUAUAUAUACAUAGGGAAAACAGGCCCUAUUCUCCAUUUA